AUGGCCCAGCCAGGCGAGGAGGCUCCGUCCAGGCCCGAGACCGCGGUGCAGAUCCGCGUCGCCAUCCAGGAGGCCGAGGACGUAGAGGAGCUGGAAGAGGACGAGGAGGGGGCGGAGGCGCGGGGCGCGGGGCGUGGGGCGCGGUACCUGAGCCCCGGGUGGGGCAGCGCCAGCGAGGAGGAGGCGGGCCGAGGACACAGCAGCACCACGACAAGUGGGGGCGAGAAUGAGCAUGAGGAUCUGGACCAGGAGUGGAAGCCGCCCAACGAGGAGUUAAUCAAGAAGCUGGUGGACCAGAUAGAAUUCUACUUUUCGGAUGAGAACCUGGAGAAAGAUGCCUUCCUGCUGAAGCAUGUGCGGAGGAACAAGCUGGGCUACGUGAGCGUCAAGCUCCUCACAUCCUUCAAAAAGGUGAAGCACCUUACGCGGGACUGGAGAACCACAGCUUAUGCCUUGAAAUAUUCAGUGACUCUUGAGCUGAAUGAGGAUCACCGGAAGGUGAGGAGGACCACUCCGGUCCCGCUCUUCCCCAAUGAGAACCUUCCCAGCAAGAUGCUCCUGGUCUACGACCUCUACCUGUCCCCUAAGCUGUGGGCCCUGACCAAUCCCCAGAAGAAUGGAAGGGUUCAGGAGAAGGUGAUGGAACAUCUACUCAAGCUUUUUGGGGCCUUUGGCAUUAUCUCCUCGGUAAGGAUCCUCAAACCUGGGAGAGAGCUGCCGCCCGAUAUCCGGAGGAUCAGCAGUCGCUACAGCCAAGUGGGGACCCAAGAAUGUGCCAUUGUGGAGUUUGAGGAGGUGGAGGCGGCCAUCAGAGCCCAUGAGUACAUGAUCUCGGAAUCUCAGGGCAAAGAGAACAUGAAAGCUGUGCUCAUUGGUAUGAAGCCACCCAAAAAGAAGCCGCCCAAAGACAAGAACCACGAAGAGGAGCCUGCCGUGAGCGUCCACCUCGGCAAGUCCCUCAACAAGCGAGUAGAAGAGCUUCAGUACAUGGGAGACGAGUCUUCUGCCAACAGCUCCUCAGACCCUGAGAGCAACCCCACAUCCCCGAUGGCUGCCCGACGGCAUGUGAGCAACAACAAGCUCAGCCCGUCUGGUCACCAGAAUCUCUUUCUGAGCCCAAAUGCCUCUCCCUGCUCCAGUCCUUGGAGCAGCCCCUUGGCCCAGCGCAAAGGUGUUUCCAGAAAAUCGCCCCUGGCCGAGGAAGGUAGACUGAACUCUGGUACCAGUCCCGAAGUCUUUCGUAAGUGCAUGGAUUAUUCCUCCGACAGCAGCACCACUCCCUCCGGCAGCCCCUGGGUCCGCAGGCGCCGGCAAGCUGAGAUGGGGACGCAGGAGAGAAGUCCUGGGGCAAGCCCUUUGCUCUCUCGCAAGAUGCAGACUGCAGACGGGCUACCUGUGGGGGUGCUGAGGCUGCCCAGAGGCCCUGACAACACCCGAGGAUUUCACGGUGGACACGAGAGGAGCAGGGCCUGUGUAUAA